AUGUGGAUGGCUCGGGCCCAGGAAUCAGCUUGCGGGACUAGGGAGCAGCCAGAACCCGGAUUUCUGAAGUUUCCAGCCGGUUCCCAGGCCACAGCCACCAGCUGUUCUCACACCCCUCUCAGGACCCAGGUGUCCGAGCUGGCCCUCCACCCUUUCCAGGCCUUCAGGGUCCCCAUUCCACCUGGCUCUGGGAUCACCAGCCUCCUCCAGGAAGUUGACACCAUCUUCCUGGCAGAUGGCCCAGGAUCCACUGAACAUCUGAGUCCCCUUGGACUGGCCCUUGGAUCCAACCUGCCUCAGCCUUCCUGGUGCCCAGACAUGGGGUCCCUGCUGAGCUGGUGGACGCUCUGGACCGGAGCAACCCUCCUGUGGGGGUUGACCCAGGGGGUGUCAGUGGACCCCCAGGACCCCAGGGAGGUGGAAUUCCUCGCAGCCUUCCUACAGAACUAUGUGCCCGGGUACAGCCGCGCCUAUCUCCAACUCCUCCUCUCCAGUCUGUCGGACAGCCCUGCCUCAGUCUCCGUUCUCAGUCAGGCAGACGGCACCUCCCAGAAGGUCACGGUGAAGCCCGGCCGGUCGGUCACGGUCAACAUCAGCGCCAAAGCCGAGAUGGUCGGCAGUAACACCUUCCAAAGCGCGGUGGUGAUCCGCUCGGACCGCGCGAUCUCCGCACAGGCCGUAAACACUAAGCCCAACACGGCAGAGCUGACGCGGCUGUGGCCCGUCCGCGCUCUGGGCACCGAGUAUUUUGUGGUCACGCCUCCCGGCGUCUCCUCCAGGCAUGUUAAGGAGUUCGCUGUGGUGGCUGGGGCAGCGGGAGCCUCGGUCAGCGUUCAGCUGGAGGGGGCAGUGACAUUCCAGAGCAAGUUCUACGCAGCGGGCAGUGUCCUGAGCCUGACUCUGAAGCCCUACCAGGUGGCCCAGGUGCAGGGCACAGCUGAAUUGUCGGGCUCAAAGAUCACGGCCAGGAGCCCCGUGGCUGUGUUCUCCGGCCACAGCUGUGCCCAGAGACACACCAACUGCAACCACGUGGUGGAGCAGCUGCUGCCCACGUCCGCCUGGGGCACCCGCUACGUGGUGCCCACCCUGUCCUCCCAGAGCCGCUACGAUCUGGUCUACGUCGUGGCCAGCCAGACCACGAGGCUGACCUACCAGCAGGGGGGCACCACCGGCUCCCGCGGGCUCCGGGCAGGUGAUGUGGCCGAGUUUGAGGUCCGGCCAUCCCUGCCCCUCUACCUGUCCGCAGAUGUGGGCAUCCAGGUCCUGCAGUUUGGCACAGGUGCCGUGAGGGAUGGAGUCACCUAUGACCCCCACCUGGCUUUGAUCCCAGACAUGGCGGCCUACUGCCCUGCCUACGUGGUGAAGAGCAUGCCAGGCACUAAGGGCGUGGCAGUGGUGGUGGCCCGGACGAAGGCUGUUAACGAGCUGACCAUGGAGGGGCGCAGGCUGGGGGCCGAUCUCUCGUGGACAGCUGUGCCAGGCAGUGAGUUCUCGUUCGCCGAAGUGGACCUCGGCACGACUGACAGGACCCACGUGAUUGAGGCCACUACCGACUUUGGGCUGCUCACCUUCGGGCUGGCCCCCGCCAUCAGCUACGGGACAGCAGGUGUCUGCGGUCGAACCGUGCUGCCCCAGGAGCCCUCCUGCCAAGAUGUGCAGUGCACUCCUCAGCAGCAGUGCCAGGUGGUGGACGGGCAGGCCCAGUGUGUGGCGGUCCCCACGGCCACCUGCCGCGCCCAGGGUGACCCGCACUACACCACCUUCGACGGCCGUCGCUACGACAUGAUGGGCACGUGCCUGUACACCAUGGUGGAGCUGUGCAGCAAGGACCAGAGCCUGCCCGCUUUCAGCGUGGAAGCCAAGAACGAGCACCGAGGCAGCCGCCGAGUCUCUUAUGUGGGCCUGGUCACCGUGCGCGCCUACAGCCACUCAGUGUCGGUGGUCCGCGGGGAGGUUGGCUUCGUCCGAAUCGACAACCAGCGCUCACGCCUGCCCGUAUCCCUGGCCGAGGGUCGCCUGCGCGUGUACCAGAGUGGGACGCGGGCCGUGGUGGAGCUGGACUUCGGGCUGGUGGUCACCUACGACUGGGACUGCCAGCUGGCCCUGAGCCUGCCAGAGCGCUUCCGAGACCAGGUGUGCGGACUGUGUGGCAACUACAACAGCGACCCCACCGAUGACUUCCUCACGCCCGACUCGGAGCUGGCGCCGGACGCCGUGGAGUUCGCCAACAGCUGGAAGCUGGACGACGGGGACUACCUGUGUGACGACGGCUGCCAGAACAACUGUCCCUCGUGCACCCCGGGCCAGGCCCAGCACUACGAGGGCAACCGGCUCUGCGGCAUGCUGACCCAGGCCGACGGCCCCUUUGCUGCCUGCCACAGCGCACUGCCGCCCCGGCCCUUCCUGGAGGAGUGUGUGUAUGACAUGUGUGUGCUCAACGGGGACCGGUCCAGCCUGUGCCGUAGCCUCAGCGCCUACGCCCAGGCCUGUCUGGAGCACGGCAUCUCUGUCGGCGACUGGAGGUCACCAGCCAACUGUCCCCUGUCCUGUCCCCCCAACAGCCGCUAUGAGCGGUGCGGCCCCGCCUGCCCGGCCACCUGCAACUCCGAGGCGACGCCGUCCAACUGUUCCGGGCGCCCGUGCGUGGAGGGCUGCGUGUGCCUCCCGGGCUUCGUGGCCAGCGGUGGCGGCUGCGUAGCGGCCUCCUCAUGCGGCUGCAUCUUCCAGGGCCGCCCGCUCGCCCCGGGCCAGCAGAUAUGGGCGGAUGAGCUGUGCCGGCGGCGCUGCACUUGCGACGGCGCCACCCAGCAGGUGCGCUGCAGCGACACACAGGGCUGCCCGGCGGGCGAGCGCUGCCGCGUCCAGGACGGCCUCCUGGGUUGCUACCCCGACCGCUUCGGGAGCUGCCAGGCUUCCGGGGACCCGCACUACGUGAGCUUCGACGGCCGGCGCUUCGACUUCAUGGGCACCUGCAACUACCUGCUGGCCGGCUCGUGCAGCCAGGCCGCGGGGCUGCCCGCCUUCCGGGUGCUGGUGGAAAACGAGCACCGGGGCAGCCAGACCGUGAGCUACACGCGUGCCGUGCGCGUGGAGGCCCGCGGAGUGAAGGUGGCGGUGCGCCGGGAGUACCCGGGGAAAGUGCUGGUGGAUGGCGUCCUUCAGUACUUGCCCUUCCAGGCCGCAGAUGGCCAGGUGCAGGUGUUCCGCCAGGGCCAAGAUGCCGUUGUGCGCACAGACUUUGGCCUGACUGUCACCUACAACUGGAACAACCGUGUGAUUGCCAAGGUUCCCGGCAGCUAUGCUGGGGCCCUUUGCGGGCUCUGCGGGAACUUCAACGGGAACCCAGGUGAUGAUCUGGCCCUGCGCGGUGGAGGCCAAGCUGCCAACGCACUGGCCUUCGGGAACAGCUGGCAGGAGGAGACGAGGCCAGGCUGUGGGGCAACCGAGCCGGGUGACUGUCCCAAGCUGGACUCCCUAGUGGCCCAGCAGCUGCAGAGCAAGAAGGAGUGUGGGAUCCUUGCCGACCCUGAGGGGCCCUUCCGGGAGUGCCACAGCAAGCUGGAUCCACAGGGCACUGUGCGUGACUGCGUCUACGACCGCUGCCUGCUGCCGGGCCAGUCUGGGCCAUUGUGUGAUGCACUGGCCACCUAUGCUGCUGCAUGCCAGGCUGCCGGGGCCACCGUGCACCCCUGGAGGAGUGAGGAACUUUGCCCUCUGAGCUGCCCACCCCACAGCCACUACGAGGCAUGUUCCCGUGGCUGCCCGCUGUCCUGUGGAGACCUCCCAGUGCCUGGGGGCUGCGGCUCCGACUGCCACGAAGGCUGUGUGUGUGAUGAGGGCUUCGCACUCAGUGGUGAGUCCUGCGUGCCCCUGCCCUCGUGUGGCUGCAUAUACCAGGGCGCCUACCACCCGCCAGGCCAGACCUUCCACCCUGGCCCGGGGUGUGAUUCCCUGUGCCGCUGCCAAGAGGGCGGCCUGGUGACCUGUGAGCCCUCCACCUGUGGCCCGCAUGAGGCCUGCCAGCCGUCCGGUGGCAUUCUGGGCUGCGUGGCCGUGGGCUCUGCCACCUGCCAAGCAUCGGGAGACCCCCAUUACACCACCUUCGACGGCCGCCGCUUCGACUUCAUGGGCACCUGCGUGUACGUGCUGGCUCGGACCUGCGGGACCCGGCCGGGCCUGGAGUCGUUUGCCGUCCUGCAGGAGAAUGUGGCCUGGGGCAAUGGGAGAGUCAGCGUGACCAGGGUGAUCACUGUCCAGGUGGCUAACUUCACCCUACGGCUGGAGCAAAAUCAGUGGAAGGUCACGGUGAACGGUGUGGACAUGAGGUUUCCCGUGACGCUGGCCCAGGGCCGGGUCCGUGCCUUCCAGCACGGCUCGGACGCUGUGAUUGAGACCGACUUUGGCCUGCGUGUGGCCUACGACCUCGUAUACAACGUGCGGGUCACCAUCCCAGGCAACUACUACCGGCAGCUGUGUGGCCUGUGUGGGGACUACAAUGGUGACCCCAAGGAUGACUUCCGGAAGCCAGACGGCUCACAGGCAGGCAACCCCACCGAGUUCGGCAACUCAUGGGAGGAGGCGGUGCCAGGCUCUCCCUGCCUGCCGCCACCCACCUGCAAGCCCGGCGGGGACUGUAACUCGGACCUGGAGUGUAGACCUGAGCUGCAGGAGAAGUACCAGCAGGAGAAGUUCUGUGGGCUCCUCACCAGCCCCACUGGGCCGCUGGCCGCCUGCCACAAGCUGGUCGAUCCCCAGGGUCCCUUGCAAGACUGCGUCUUUGACCUCUGCUUGGGCGGUGGGAACGAGAGCAUUCUCUGCAGCAACAUCCAUGCCUACGUGAGUGCUUGCCAGGCGGCCGGAGGCCACGUUGAGUCCUGGAGGACCGAAUCGUUCUGUCCGAUGAAGUGCCCCCCCAACAGCCAUUAUGAGCUCUGCGCAGAUACCUGCUCCCUGAGCUGCUCGGCACUCAGCGCCUCCCCACUGUGCCCGGAGAGCUGUGCCGAGGGCUGCCAAUGUGACUCUGGCUUCCUCAGUAACGGCCAGGCCUGCGUGCCCAUCCAGCAAUGUGGCUGCUAUCAAAACGGCAUCUACUACGAGCCGAACCAGGUGGUCCUCAUCGACAGGUGCCAGCAACAGUGUGUGUGCCAUGCCGGAAAAGGCCUGGAAUGCCAGGCCCACAGCUGCAAGCCAGGGCAGGUGUGCGAGCCUGCAGGAGGUGUCCUGAGCUGUGUCACCAAAGGUGCUGGGCUGGGGCUGGGCCCCGUGGGGCUGGGAACAGAGGAUGGGGACUCUGGAGCAGCGGGAGCCCCACAAGUUCCUCUCUCCCUGUCUCCAGACCCGUGUCACGGUGUGACCUGUCGGCCACAGGAGACGUGCCAGGAGAAGGAUGGGCAGGGUGUGUGUGUACCCAACUACGAGGCCACGUGCUGGCUGUGGGGCGACCCGCACUACCACUCCUUCGAUGGCUGGGACUUCGACUUCCAGGGCACCUGCGACUAUGUGCUGGCAGCCGCCGGCUGCCCGGGGGUCAGCGCCCAGGGCCUGACCCCCUUCACCGUCACCACCAAGAAUGAGAACCGGGGCAACCCUGCUGUGUCCUUUGUGAGGCUCGUCACCGUGUCUGCCCUCAGCGUCAACAUCUCCAUCCACAAAGGCGAGAUCGGCAAAGUCCGGGUGAACGGUGUGCUGACAGCGCUGCCUCUCUCUGUGGCCAAAGGGCGGCUCUCAGUGACCCAGGGCGCGUCGAAAGCGGUGCUGGCAGCCGACUUCGGGCUUCGGGUCACCUAUGACUGGGACUGGCGAGUGGAGGUGACGCUGCCUAGUAGCUAUCACGGCGCCGUGUGUGGGCUCUGCGGGAACAUGGACCGCAACCCCAGCAAUGACCGGGUCUUCCCGAAUGGCACCGUGGCCCCCUCCAUACCGGUCUGGGGUGGCAGCUGGCGAGCUCCAGGCUGGGACCCGCUGUGCUGGGAUGAGUGUCAGGGGUCCUGUCCAACGUGCUCUGGGGACCAGCUGGAGGAGUACAAGGGCCCUGGCUUCUGUGGGCCCCUGGCCCCUGGCGCGGGAGGCCCCUUUGCUGCCUGCCAUGCCCACGUGGCUCCCGACAGCUUCUUCAAGGGCUGCAUUCUGGAUGUCUGUCUAGGCGGUGGGGCCCAUGACAUCCUCUGCCAGGCCCUGGCCGCCUAUGCUGCUGCCUGCCAGGCCGCCGGGAUCGUCAUUAAGGACUGGAGGGAGCAGGCCGGCUGUGAGAUGUCCUGCCCGGAGAACAGCCACUACGAGCUCUGUGGCCCACCCUGCCCAGCCAGCUGCCCGUCCCCCGCGCCCCCCACGACCCCAACGCCAUGUGAGGGCCCCUGUGCCGAAGGCUGCCAGUGUGAUCCGGGCUUCGUGUUGAGUGCUGACCGUUGCGUUCCCCUGGACGGUGGUUGUGGCUGCUGGGCCAACGGCACCUACCAUGAAGCUGGCAGUGAGUUCUGGGCCGAUGCCACCUGCUCCCAGAGGUGCCACUGCGGGCCUGGGGGUGGCUCAUUGGUCUGCAAGCCUGCCAAGUGUGGGCCGGGUGAAGAAUGUGCCCUGCUGCCCUCUGGCCAGCACGGCUGCCACCCUGUCAGCACAGCUGAGUGUCAGGCCUGGGGUGACCCCCAUUACAUCACCCUGGAUGGGCACCGAUUCGACUUCCAGGGCACCUGCGAGUACCUGCUGAGUGCGCCUUGCUCUGCACCACCCAAGGGUGUCGAGAACUUCACGGUCACUGUAGUCAAUGAGCACCGGGGCAGCCAGGCCGUCAGCUACACUCGCAGCGUCACCCUGCACAUGUACAACCACAGACUGACCCUCAGUGCCCGCUGGCCCCGACAGCUGCAGGUGGACGGCGAGCUCGUAGCACUGCCCUACCAGCUGGACUCGCGCCUGCGCGCUUACCUGAGUGGCGCCGACGUGGUGGUGACCGCCGCCACCGGGCUCUCUCUGGCUUUCGACGGGAACAGCUUCGUGCGCCUGCGCGUGCCGGCGGCGUACGCGGGCGCCCUUUGUGGCCUGUGCGGGAACUACAACCGGGACCCAGCCGACGACCUGCAGGCUGUGGGCGGGAACCCCGCAGGCUGGCAGGUGGGCGGCGCCGAGGGCUGCGGGGAGUGCGUGCCCGGGCCGUGCCCGCCCCAGUGCACGCCCGAGCAGCAGGAGCCCUUCGGCGGCCCGGACGCUUGCGGCGUGAUCUCGGCCCCCGACGGCCCGUUGGCGCCCUGCCACCGCCUCUUGCCACCGCAGCACUACUUCAAGGCCUGCUUGCUGGAUGCCUGCCAAGCCCAGGGCCAUCCGGGAGGCCUCUGCCCUGCCGUGGAGGCCUACGUGGCAGCCUGCCAGGCCGCGGGGGCCACGCUCGGCGAGUGGAGGCGGCCGGAUUUCUGUCCCCUCCAGUGCCCUCCCCACAGCCACUACAAGCUCUGCGGUGACUCCUGCCCCGUGAGCUGCCCAAGCCUCUCUGUGCCCGAGGGCUGCGUGCACACCUGCCGGGAGGGCUGCGUCUGUGAUGCCGGCUUCGUGCUCAGCGGUGACACCUGUGUGCCCGUGGGCCAGUGCGGAUGCCUCCACGAGGGACGCUACUACCCUCUGGGCGAGUCCUUCUACCCAGGCCCUGAGUGUGAGCGGCGCUGCGAGUGCGGGCCAGGUGGCCAAGUCACUUGCCAGCAGGGCGCGGCCUGCGGACCCUACGAGGAGUGCCGAGUGGAGGACGGUGUCCAGGCCUGUCACCCUACAGGCUGUGGCCGCUGCCUGGCCAACGGGGGCAUCCACUAUGUCACCCUUGAUGGGCGUGUCUAUGACCUUCACGGCUCCUGCUCCUACAUCUUGGCCCAAGUCUGCCGCCCACAGCCUGGGGACGAGGACUUUGUCAUUGUGCUUGAGAAGAACGCGGCUGGAGAUCCCCAACAGCUGGUGGUUACUGUGGCUGGCCAGGUGGUGGUACUGGCACGGGGGCCAAGGGUCACCGUGGAUGGCGAGGCUGUGGCCCUGCCUGUGGCUGUAGGUCGUGUGCGGGUGACCGCCGAGGGCCGGAACAUGGUUCUGCAGACAACCAAGGGACUGCGGCUUCUCUUUGACGGCGAUGCCCAUGUCCUCAUAUCUAUCCCCAGCCCCUUCCAUGGCCGGCUCUGUGGCCUCUGUGGGAACUUCAACGGCAACUGGAGCGACGACUUUGUCCUGCCCAGUGGCGCCGUGGCCCCCAGCGUGGACGCCUUUGGAGCCGGGUGGCGGGCGCCCAGCUCCUCCCAGGGCUGUGGCGAGGGCUGUGGGCCGGGCGGCUGCCCCGUGUGCUCAGCGGAGGAGACGGCGCCCUAUGAGAACAUCCAGGCCUGCGGUCGGGUCCGGGACCCCCAGGGCCCUUUUGCGGGCUGCCACGCGGUGCUGAACCCCUCUGAGUACUUCCGCCAGUGCGUGUACGACCUGUGUGUCCACAAAGGCAACACCACCUUCCUCUGCCGCAGCCUGGCCGCUUACAUGGCGGACUGCCAGGCGUCCGGUGGGGCCGUGAAACCCUGGAGGACAGACAGCUUCUGCCCGCUCCAGUGCCCUGCCCACAGCCACUACUCCACCUGCACUCGCUCCUGCCAGGGCUCCUGUGCUGCUCUCUCCGGCCUCACGGGCUGCACCAGCCGCUGCUUUGAGGGCUGCGAGUGUGACGACCGCUUCCUGCUCUCGCAGGGCACCUGCGUCCCUGUGCAGGACUGCGGCUGCACCCAUGACGGCCACUACUUGCCGGUGAACUCCUCACUGCUGAGCUCAGACUGCAGCAAGCGCUGUUCCUGCUCCUCGAGCACCGGCCUGACGUGCCAGGCAGCCAGCUGCCCGCCAGGCCGCAUAUGUGAAGUCCAGGCUGAGGCCCGGGACUGCUGGGUCCCCCAAGGUCUCUGUUCCCUCUUGGUGGGUUCCAACCUCACCACCUUUGAUGGGCUCCGCAGAGCAGUCACCUCCCCUGGCAUCUAUGACAUGUCUUACCGCUGCCCGGGACUACAGAAAACCAUCCCCUGGUACCGUGUGGUCGCUGAUGUCCAGACUUGCCGUGGCGGAGUUGAAGCUGUGGGCCAGGCUCACAUCUUCUUCCAGGAUGGGCUCGUGACUGUGAGCCCAAAGAAGGGCGUGUGGGUCAACGGUCUCCAAGUGGCUCUCCCAGCUGAGGUAUUAACAUCUGUGUCCGUGCGUCAGAACCCCGAUGGCUCUGUGCUAGUCCAGCAGAAGGCAGGGGUCCAGGUGUGGCUUGGCACCAACGGGCAGCUGGCCGUGAUGGUCAGCAGUGACCAUGCUGGGAAGCUGUGUGGGGCCUGCGGAAACUUUGACGGGGACCAGACCAAUGAUGGGCAUGACUCCCAGAAGGCGACAUUGGAGAGCUGGAGAGCGCAGGACUUCUCCGCAUGUCACAGCUGAUCAGCCAUCCACCAGGAAUGAGGACUUCAGGACCUGACCCUCCUGGAGACUGAAAUAAUUGGAGAGUGCACAGUGUCCCUGUGUGCCCCUACCCUAUUCUACCCCUUCGAUGAGCCACUGAGGCCAACUGUGAAAGCACUGAAUAAAUAUCUUGGGCUAAACUGCAUGCUGAUGUGUGUGUCUUAUGCCUUCUCCUCCAUGACUCUCCUUCUUGCACAGCAGCUGUCAGAUGCCUGGGGCAUCUGGCACACAAUGAA